GCCUUUGGGAAAGAGAAUAAUAACAUUAUCCAGAAAAAAAUGCUUCAUCUGUGAAGAAAACCACACAACUUUCUUUCUCUUGUGCUCCAAAAACAUGGUGACCCUUAUCUCUCCUCGUUCUCUCUUCCCUCCUCUUAGUAGUAAACCCACUUCAAAAUCCUCGUCUUUCUCCAAACCCGUCUCUUCCCAAUCUCCCAAGUUCGCUAAACCGGAAUCUCCAGCUCCCCAUAAACUUGUUAACCGAUGCCAAACAGUUGGGAGGAGGAGGAGCAUGAUGAUGGGUGGAUUGCUCAUGUCUGGUUUAAUGCUUUCAGAAGCCAAUCUUCCAACAUCAGCAUUUGCUUUGACUUCAGUCUUCAGGGAGUACAUUGAUACAUUUGAUGGAUACUCCUUCAAAUACCCUCAGAACUGGAUCCAAGUCCGAGGAGCUGGCGCUGACAUCUUCUUUAGAGACCCUAUCGUCCUCGACGAGAACCUCUCGGUUGAAUUUUCUUCGCCUUCUUCCUCCAAAUACAAGUCACUUGAGGACUUGGGACCACCUGAAGAAGCAGGAAAGAAAGUACUUAGACAGUACUUGACUGAGUUUAUGUCCACCAGACUCGGUGUCAAGCGUGAGUCCAACAUCUUGACAACUUCCUCCAGAGUUGCAGAUGAUGGUAAACUCUACUACCAAGUCGAGGUGAACAUAAAGUCAUACGCGAACAACAACGAGCUAGCAGUGAUGCCGCAGGAUAGAGUGGCUCGUUUGGAAUGGGACAGGCGUUACCUGGCGGUCCUAGGAGUUGAGAACAAUAGACUCUACUCACUGAGACUCCAAACACCUGAGAAAGUUUUCCUGGAAGAGGAGAAAGAUCUAAGAAGAGUUAUGGAUUCCUUCAGGGUCGAGAAGAUUUAGAGAGAGAGAGAGAGAGAGAGAGAAGCUCACAAUUCUUCUUGAUGGCUUUCUUUUUCCCCAGAAAAAAAAAAUCUUGUUCUUCCUCCCAUUGUAUUUUUGAAAGGCUUAUUCUAAAGGCUUUGUUGUAAUGCUUUUCUACAGUUUUCAGAUUCAUUCCUUGACGGCAGGAGAUGGUUCAAUUUCACGUUGCUGAUUUGUAAUAUCAAAUCUAUCACUACA